AUGUUUGGGGCUUUCAAUAGUGUGAUUGUAGAGUCAAAAGCAAAGCCAUUGGUGACUAUGCUAGAAGAAAUAAGGGGCUACAUCAUGGAAAAAUGGGAAACUAAUAGGGUGAGAUUCUCCCAAUUAAGUGAUGGGGGUGUUUUUCCAAACAUUAAGAAGAAAUUGAAAAAAAGAAACACCUACACAAACUACCAGAUAGUAAGGAUGUCAUCUGAGUUCAUCUUUGAAGUAAGACACAUUAAGAAUCAAGUUGAUGUGUUUUUUUUGUCAAUUUAA